AUGUCGAGCCUGGUACCCACCGCGUAUUACGCCUGGGUUCUGGGUCGCACCUUAAACGCAGGACGCCUGCUUCUUCAUGGCGUAUUGCGGAGUGUGCUGACAAUGACGGCGCUGGCGCUGUGCAUUGUCCUAACGGCCAUUGAGCCGCUGGGAUUUUUUAGCACAUUUGCCCUGAUGCAGUUGAGCUUCUUAGACACAUUAAUGGCCGGAAGUGCAGAAGAGUAUAUUGCGCAUCACCUGACAAACCUGACCUAUGGCCAGUUGCCUGACGGUUCCUGGGGUUUUGCGCAAACGGCUGAAGAAGUCGCGGGCAUGGGUUUCUGGUCCCUGAACGUGGACUCCAUGGCAUGGGCAAUUGGUUUAGGCCUGGUGUUUUCUUUUCUGUUCCGACGUGCCGCUGUCAUAGCAACGUCUGGUGUGCCCGGUGGAUUGCAGAACUUUGUUGAGAUGAUUAUUGAGUUCAUCGAAGAAACCACCGACAGUGUUUUCCAGCAUAAAAACGAUUUAAUUGCCCCGCUUGCACUGACCAUCUUUGUGUGGGUGUUUCUGAUGAACCUGAUGGACCUGAUACCGGUGGACUGGAUUCCAUCACUGGCCUCUGCUCUGGGUGCGCCUUAUUUCAAGAUUGUGCCCACCACAGACCCCAACAUCACCAUGGCGAUGGCGCUCACUGUGUUCGGCAUGAUUAUUUACUACAGCAUUAAGUGCAAAGGUGGCAUUGGCUUCCUGAAAGAACUGAUGUUUCACCCUUUUCCACCUUUUAUGUUUCCCAUCAACUUUAUCCUGGAAGGUGUCACGCUUAUCGCCAAGCCUUUGUCAUUAGGGCUGCGGCUGUUUGGCAACAUGUACGCGGGUGAGAUGAUCUUUAUUCUGAUUGCGUUGAUGUUUGGCGCGGGUAUUGGAUUCUUCAUCUUUGGUGGCGUGCUGCAAUGGGUGUGGGCUGUGUUCCACAUUCUGGUCAUCUCAUUACAGGCAUUUAUUUUUGCGGUACUCACGGUUGUGUACCUUGCUCAAGCCCACGACGUGGAUGAGCACUAG